AUGAAGAAGUUUGUUAGCUGCCUAGACCUCGAGAGGAUUGAAACCGAUGGCACUUCCAAGAAUGAUACAUCUCUCGUCAGAAAUAGCUCCCGUUCGUCUUCACUUUCCGACGCAUCCACCAUCUGUUCCUGUGGCACAGCAGGAGAUCUGCAUCAAUUCGUUCAUCCUACCAUGGACCAGAUCGUUGUUGAUAAGAAGCACAGGUUCCACGUGCACGAAAUCAGAGCAGCCGCCUCGGAGAUCGAGCAAGAAGCCGAGCAAGAAGCGCAAUCGCCGCACCCAUUGAGGCAGCAGUCGAUGCCGUCCAAGGCUGAAAUGUACUUCUUCCACGAGCUCAGUCAAAGUCUCUGCCGCUCGGAAGCUGCGGAUUGGUUUGCCUCGCAGGUGCUCAAGGGGCGAACUUCGAGCAGCCCGGAGAUGGCUAGAGAAGUUCAGGGGAUGAAGAGGAAUUCCUCUAUGGCCACUUUCAGCUUCUCUGGGAGGAGAUGUGACUAG